AUGAAAUUCGAUGCCCAUUCUCAUGCCCUUUCAUUGCCAAUGUCACGAAAUUAUGCUAUCAAAAUUAUUAUGUUGGCUGAGAUUGGUACCAUGUCAUCCUCACGUGGUAAAAAAGUCGCUGUCCUUGCUUCAAAGAAAAGGAAGAGAGCAUCAUCUUCCUCGGGUCCUACUGCGGAUGUUCGUCACCCUUUCCUGAGGGGACUUCGUGUUUCUCAAGGUCUCACCAUGGAAGAAAGUACUGAGAUUUGGGCAGAAGGUUGCCUACCAAUUAGAGUUACCUCCGGAGUUGGGCAAGAUUCUAUGCUGAGGCGCUACCACUCUGAUCCCACGCAUGUUAUUUCGACUGAGGAGAUAGAGGUUAAACUAGAUUUGACUUUUGAGGAGGAGCCAGUUAAGAUAUUAGACCGUGAUGUAAAAGUGUUAAGAAAGAAGUCUAUCCUACUGGUUAAGGUACUUUGGCAUAAUCACAACUUAGAGGAUGCCACGUAG